CAAACGGCUAAAGCGACGAACACCGGAGCAGACGGAACCUUUCUGGACUACAUUUGGACCCAGGAGCAGUGAAGACUAGCCAGUCCGAACCGGAGCCGGUAGUUAAAUAUCCGCGCCGCAGUUUUAUCUCCAGUUUGUGAUCCACACGCAGUGAGAGGACAGCCAUGAUUUUCCCCCUGUGCCUCGUGCUGAUGCUGUCCGCCUCCGUCCUCUCAGAGUCGCAGGUCCGGGAGACGGAGACAUGGAUGCCCAUGAGCACCACGCAGACGGCUGCCAUGUCGACGGACGGCGGCAGCAUGGAGGCGUCGGGAGACUCUUCGAACGGCUCCGACUUUGGUUUCUCGGACGAUGAAGACGAUUAUUACGAUGAAGAGUACGACGUGUCCGGAUCCGGAGAAGGAGCAACCGAAUCCAGACCUUCAGAGAAGCCCGACUUCGAUAACCGGAUCCCUGACCUGCUGAACCCGGUGACACCAAAAGACGUCGACAUCGUUAAGGACAGAAACGAGAUUCCUGAGCUGGGCAGCGAACCCGACGCCAAGGAGGAGAACCCGUCCAACGUCCUGAUGUCCCAGGCCAAAGGGGACGGCGUCUUCGACAAGCCGGAGGUCCUGGCAGCUGUGAUCGCGAGCUGCGCCGUCUGCCUCAUGUUCGCCGUGCUCCUCAUCCUCCUCCUCAUCUACCGCAUGAAGAAGAAGGACGAAGACGACCUGGGCAAGAAGCCCAUCUACAAGAAGGCCCCCACCACAGAGAUCUACGCGUAGGCCCCGCCCCCAGCCCCGCCCCCUUCCUCCCUGACCUCACAUACACACAAACACACACCUCAGCCGUAAAACCCGACCGGCCGCAGUGCCUCAUCUUCAUCACCUCGUGUUUCUUCAGCUGCGUGGCGUCGGUUGAAUCUCCACGCCGACCGAUUGACUGACUCCGCCUCCUCAUGUGUACGAAUCUCACUGACCAAUCAGAGGCUGAGUUUCCUGGCAGGUCGGAGCGUUUCCUGCGGUACACCGUGUUUCCGGAUCAAGUUGAGAGGAAAAAAACAACAGAAUGAACUUUUCCAGCUAAACGCUAACAUGUUAUUUAUUCACUCGUCUUCCUCAGUUUCUGUCUCUUUUAUUAUUUUUCUUUUUUUGAUGGAAAAGUUUUUCAGAGUGCUUUUAUUUUGAAAAGGCCUGUAGCCGUUAGCUUUGCAGUCAGAGAUCACAAUCAUGUUAAUAUUUAAAUGUAUCUGCUGGAGUCAGGACAAACACACGCCUGCUUCUGUUCUGCUCUCAUCUGUAAAAGAUUUUUAUUAAAACCAGAUUCUGGCUCCUCGGUCCGUUUCCCUUCCUGCCCGGCGCCAACGGCCCGGGUCAUGGCGGGAAAACACGGAGCGCCUCCGCUGCUGGGAAGGAGUGAAAAUCCUCAGGAUGUUCAGGAACAUCACCGCCGUGCCUCCAGUUUGGGACUAAAUUCAUUUUCAUUCACACAUCCGGCGGGUUGAAGGUGAAAAUCCUCCGUUUUCUCCACAUCCUGGAGGUUCUGGAAACCUUCCGUCUGGU